UGGACAUAGGGAUUUAUUGUCAGUGAACUGGGCUCCAGAGGACAGCUAUCUCCGAUAAAACACGCUGUGGACACAAACAGGCCCCCAUACAGUCCCUGUAACGUGGAUGAUUCGACAGCUGUAUUCCCAUUUGCUGAUGGGAAACAGGAAACACAUCCUAUGAGCCAGCAGAACAACCUGGACCAUCUAAAACAUUUCUCCAUGAUAGAGGCAACUGUUAAUCGUCCACGGGCAUUGGUUGGGAUGUAAAGAAGAAAAUAUGCCCCUGGUCAAGAGAAACAUUGAGCCUCAGCACUUGUGCCAUGGUGCAGUGCCUGAUGGGAUUGGUAACGAGCUGGAAUGUGUGACCAACAACACGUUAUCUGCCAUCAUCCGACAGCUAAGUUGUCUGAGUAAGCAUGCAGAAAAUGUUUUUGGGGAGCUUUUUAAUGAGGCCAACACCUUUUAUACUCGUGCAAACUCUCUCCAGGAUCGGAUUGACCGCUUGGCGGUCAAAGUUACCCAGCUGGACUCCAAUGUAGAGGAGGUGUCUCUUCGAGACAUAAACUUGAGGAAGGCCUUCCGAGGCUCAUUGGUCCAGGACCAGCAGGUUUUGUCCAAAGGCAGCACUCCCAGUUUUGUUGCAGAAAUAUAUGAUGGCUGUGACAAGCCUCCCCCUCUUGGGUCCCUCACUGGUUACAGCAGAGAGGACUCCAAUGAUGCAAUGAAAUUCUAUUCGGACCCGUCCUAUUUCUUUGAUCUGUGGAAGGAAAAGAUGCUUCAGGACACCGAGGAAAAAAGAAAAGAAAGGCGGAGACAAAGGGAACAGAAGCGAUGUAUGGAGAGCAGCACACUCCAUCGGGAGGUGAAGAAAGUGAGGAAGGCACGAAACCGCAGAACAGAAUGGAAUAUGAUGGCUUUUGAUAAAGAGCUCCGUCCAGAUCACCACCACCCAAAAACUCUUCGACGAGGAGCAUCAUCAGAGGGCUCGCUGUCUCCAGAUGGCAGGCCUGACCUUCUGGACUAUCCAAUCCCUCCAGUACCUGUUCAUGCUGCUUGUAACUAUGCCAAGUCUUAUGAUUACAUCCCAGGAAACGCACAUCCCUCACCACCUGUGGAGCAUGAAUACCACAGUAUCGAUAUCAAUUACAAGGCAGUAACCUAUGCUGCAGCAGAGCCCCAUGUUGCAGACAGAAUAAACGGCUCUGGACGUCUGGCUACAGACUGCAACUUCAUUCCCCAGCCUCCUCCCAAAGCCCCUCCCAUCCCCUCAGCCCAGACUGCGUUUGGCUUUCCACCAGCUCCGCUGCAUAUUGGAAAUGUUCACAUUGGACCAGGUUACCCAUUCCCGCCCGUACCUCCUCAGGGGCCAUGCACAGCCCCGCCUCCCCCAGGUCCCCCACCUCCACCUUUGCCACCCCCUUCUGUGCCCUCACACCCACAACGCCACAAUGAGAGCUGUAGGGCCGAAACAAAACCAGUUAGAGAUGCCAGAAGUGACCUGCUUUCUGCCAUUCGAAUGGGUAUCCAGCUGAAAAAAGUUCAAGAACAGCAAGAACAGCAAAACAAGGGGGAGCCAGUGGGGAACGACGUGGCCACCAUACUUUCCCGACGAAUUGCAGUUGAAUACAGUGACUCUGAGGAUGACUCUGAGCUUGAGGACAAUGAUUGGUCAGACUGACCUAACAAAAGCCAAAACACCUCAUUGAGUUGUACUUUAAAUGGGAUGAUCUUAAAGAAAGUUAAGUUAAAUUGUGCUUAGCAUUAUUUAGCUCUACCCAGUGUAUACACAGAGCCACUGCUGAAUUGGCAGCUGUACUGACUGUAAAUCUAUUGUAAAUUUGUAUUUCUUAUUUUGCACCAUGAUGAGAAUAUUUAUAUAUUUAGAUGGCAAAACAAGCCAUUUAUAUUUGAUCAAUGUUAAAAUGUGUGUUUAGUCUUUGUUCCUAUAAUAUUUUCCCUUCAUAGCUGUACUGGACCAGCCGAGCUAGUUAGCCAGACUAACUUACAUGGAGUGAAGAUCAGACUCAUGAGGCUCAGACACUCCUGUCUAAAACAGACCAAACAAUCACAGGAGGUGGGAGUUUAUGCUUGCACUAGAGUUACUCAGGGUGCAUGGUGUGAUUUUUAAUGAUGCCCUUUAUUAUAAAAAUAAUAUUAUAAAAUAUAUUAUAUUAUAUUUGCUGCUGGCUAGGUCAAGUGGUAAGCCGCCCAUCCUGCAAACAGGAGGCCUGAGUUCGUAUCCCAGCUGAUAGGAAUUAGCUGCCAGUGUGGGUCAUUAGGUAAGACUCUUCACAAUAAUGCCUGCUUUGGGGAGUGGCGCCCUAGUGGUUUGGGGCAUUGCGCUUGGAGUCCUGAGGUUCUGAGUUCGAUUCCCAUUUCCAAGGACUGCCACAGUGGCUCCCUAAACAAACUCUUCACCCCGGGAGCUGCACAAUGGCAGCCCACUGCUCCCCAAGGGGAUGGGUUAAAUGCAGAGAGGUCAUUUCACUGCUCUGUACUUCGGACUGUGUAAUGAAAAACAUAUUCUGGAUGAGCUGAUUAUAUACUCAGAACUUCAACAACUGCUGUAGCAGCUUUCCUUUUUUUUUUUAUACAUUUUUGGCUCACAUCCAUAGCUAUCUGGUUGGUUCUAACCUAUUUACCCUGAGUGUGUUUUUCCCACCUUUGGAAUCACUCAGGCUAUACUCACUCCUUUCCAGAGGAUUUACUUUAGCCUGACUGACCAAACCAGGCUUACAAGGCAAUGCUUGAACACGUAUUUCACGACCUAUCCAAGACAGUCGUAGUGUAAUCAAUAAAUCAAUGUGCUAUGUAUAAUUCAUUAAUUUUACUUAUGCAUUUUCAAGAUAUAGUCUAUUAUUUCAAUAAAAGCAUGAAUUAAAAGCAUUACAAAAACUUUUUUGACUGAAACAGAAUGUGAGAAAUGAAACAAGACCCUUUUUACAACACUUGUAGCCCUCCCCUCAACGAGGAAAUCAACACAGGUGACAGAGUUGGAGAGCUACCUGCUUUCUAACCUGUGGAUAUAAAUAAUAAACUACAAAACACUACAGAGAAUGGAAAAAAA